UUCAUCUCUCAGUCGGAAGUAGCUUGUGUUAUGUUCGCAUUUUAUCUACAAUAGAAGCGGGAUUACUUUGUCAUUUUAGCCGUGUGCUGUUCUUAACAUCACUUUGACGUUACCUGAAAACAUGCAUUGUUGGAAAAGCUAUAUCAUAGAGCAUUAAGCUGGAAUUAUUGUAGAGAAAUCGAGCACAUUCUUCAAGAGGUUUCUCUGACCUUUAAUGGUUGUUUUGGAGGGCUGUGUCGAAUUGUUGCUUUGUAAUUGCGCCAGCCUCAUACACAGGAAGAGAACGUUAACUUCCGAAAAGUUUUAUUGCGGAUAAAGAAGGCUGUCUACGAUAAUGUCGGUCGUUGACCCUGGUCAGGUAAAGCUUGCCAUCGAAAAGGAAGGCCAACUUCCGUUGCUGACUAGAUUUGACCAGGUAAGUUGUAAUAAAUUGCUCUCCUGGAUUCGAGUUACACGAGUGAUUAUACGAUUACUAUUGAUAUUUCAGUUUAAUAACUCUUUUAUGCACAUCAUAGUAACUGUUACUGAACAAAAAUUAUGUCCUAAGUUAAGUUAUUCUCUUCAUAUAGAGUCUACCACUGGAGGAAAUUAUCAAGGAUGUCUGUGCUAAGUAAGGAUUAUUAAUUAUGUACUUGGAAACUAAAAUAAUAAUAGUGCAUCAAGUAAUUGAUGUAAGUUUUACUUUCACUCGUGGUUGUGUGUAAUACAGGGGUCAUCAAAUCAUAUCAGCCCAGAAAUGCUUAUCACUGACAUUUGGCCAGAUUGCCUCUCAAAAGUAGUCAUUUUACUUCAGAUAUAAAUUAGUUGACAAAACCCUGUAACCAGUAAGGCAAAACCACGUUAAGUAUUGGCUUACUGUGAUUCAUAUUCGACGAAGGACACUGUAUUAAUGAUCAGUGAGCAUGUUGAAGCAAAUAUUGCUUGAUCUAUAGGGAAAAUCCAUUUUCAGUUUUUGAGCCAGAAUCUCAACCUGUCAGGUUAUAGCCUUUUGUCAGGAUUCUGACCCUUAUGACUUACAAUCGGCAACAAAAUUGUUGAGAUACUAGAUUUAGAUAGGGUGAAUUUUGAAGGAAAAACAAUCGUAUCCCCUCCCCCACCCCUAACCAAAGUUGGCUGUAUUUCUUUCUACAAGUUGCUUCAACAGCAGCUUGUAAUAUUUUUUGUAUGGGGGAGGGAAAGCCUUAAUUUUCCCAUCAUAAGUAGAUAGUCAGAAAAACAUGAAGAAUGUCCUCGAGGGCAGGGUGCAAAGAAAGUCAUUUUUACAGCUUGCCAUUCAGUUUUUCCCAGAGCACAACCUUCAGGAAAAUCAAUCAGUUUAAUUAGAGCUUACAUGCACUGUAUAGCUUUCCACUUGUUCUGGCAAUAAAGGUCAAUAAGGCCAAAGGGUAUAGGUAAAGUGCGAACUCAUAUUUUACAUUGGUAGCUCAAAAUAGUCAGCAUCUGACUAACAAACCUGAGGCUGACAUUACCCUCCCCUCUCUCCACUGGUUGGUUUUACAGGUAUUUAAACGUACUUAAAGCUACAGUCAUGAAAAGGAGAGAAGUCAAAACAAAGAAAUGAGUUCACAUCUACUCACUCUUUCAAGGCUUCACACCAACUGUGCCGAUACUUGUAUUCUUCUCCUCCUCCCUUCCCACCCUUGACUCUCUGGAGGCAUUUCUCUAGUGUGUAGGAAUAGUAUAUGUAAUAUCAUGCUUCAAGGGUUCCAAGGUGAAGUGGCUGAGUUUGUUUUAAUAAUGUCUUCUUUUUUUCCAGUUGGUCAUUGCCGAUUCCAGAGCAGUAUGCAUUUCAGUACUCUGACUAUAACUUGUAUAUUACUGAAGAGGUAAGUUCUUUUUUAGUUCUUGAAUUAAGCUUAGAUAUUUUUAUUGUUAAUUAUGAUUAUGAUUAUUAUGAUUAUUAUUAUUAUUUAAUUAUCAUUUUUAUCAUUCUUAUAAUUAGUAGUAGUAGUAGUAGUAGUACUUGUAGUAUAAAUUAAAUAAUAAUAAUAUUAUUGUUCUAUGCUUGUUUAAUACUUACAUGUAUCACAAAGCCACCACCAUCCUUUCUUUAAUACUUGACAAAAUUAAUUUCAAUUCUCCAGCCUUCCCAUAAUAACUGCCCAAACUGAUAUCGGCAUAAUCCAUAUGAGAUAGAAAUGGUGUGGCAUAUUGUUGUGUGUAUAAAGAUAUUUUUAUUUUUUAUUUACUGAUUACUUAUAGAACCGAAAUGGAUUAAAGAAUGGAACUGUAUUGAAGCUAACACUUUCACCAGUAAGUCUUCAUUUCUGUUUGUAUUGAAAAUUAUUAUGUAUCACUUGACAAGGCUGGACACGGAAAAGGGUCCUUUUUUCUAACAUCGUUGCGAAUGAUAUUAUCAAACUUUGACUUGAGUGGCUGUUAGUCUUCAUUAUCACCAAGGAUAAUCACAAUGAAACGCACUGAGCUUGAAAUGCUAUACAAGGCCUGAUUCAGACUUUUCAUGUACCAAACCUGAUUCAUAAAUUACGAUAACAUAUUUUGCAAGCAGUUUGACCAAAAUAAGCAUUUUUCUCCUUUGAAUUUACUUCGGCUGGAAUUAAGAUCAGAGACUGAAUCAACUCAGCUGGUCUAAAUAAUUUGGGUCAGCUUUUAUUUCAAAUAGGUUCAGCUCGUGAAAGCUCAGGGUGUUUGAGCCAGGCCUAAUACAAUGCAUUACAUUACAUGUAUUGGUGAAACGUCUCAUGAGAACCCAACAUGAAUCCUGACCAGUAUUUAUCAUUAAUUUUGCCCAGAUUAGUCCCAUAGAAUGCUCUCAAAAGCUUUCCUUGAGGGAUGACAGGCCAGGCCAGUCUUACACUAUACAGUCUACUUUAGUGAUACCAAACAACCACAGAAUUUACAGAAUUGUAAGAAUUUUAAUGGAUCGCAUGUAAACUUGAAAACACCUGCCCAACUUUUUCAUGAGUUUGUCUAAACUUGAGUGAAAGUGUGAUUUUAUGAAGCCUGGAAAGCAUCAAGGUAUAAUGUUGUUGGUAAAGUCUGUUGUCAGGUUAAUUAAACUAUUAUCCAACCUUAUUUAAUUCAGAAUUUCCUUUGUUUCCAUGCCCUACUUUAAUUCAUAGGACAGGCAAAAGACAUUUGGAUAUUACUUGAGAAAAGAGUUUUUUCUACAACAUCUAUAAUAUUGAUUUUUGCGGCAAAUAGACUUGUUUAUAAAGAAUGUUUUUUCACUAGUUUUUUAAGUUAAAUGCUCAUAGGAACUGAAAACAGGCAAAACCACUUAAAGUAGCCGCUAAAAAAUUGUGAAUUUAAGUUCUAUUCAAUAUGUGCCUUAAUCCGUAACUUUUUGUUUAACCUGCAGGCCAAAUUAGCACAAGACAUAAUAGAGAAGCUUGAGUCCUCAAAUCCUGAUGAGAAGAAGAAUGCCUUGACAACCCUCUCCACUAUCGCAGAGGUUUGUCUGUCCUAAUAUUAUUAUAUGUAUCAUUCAGCGAUGCCUGUUCUGUUGUUGAAGAGGAAUAUUACAGCCAUUUAUAGUGAGGAACAGGAUGCAAACUCUUAUGGAACCAAAAACAUUUAUUCACUGUCUCCUCAUUAAGUAUGUGCUCAUAUAAAAUGGUGCAGUUUGUGUCUUGAAGGCACGUUUUAUUUUUCCCCAUAUUGGCCCUUUGUAAAAUUCUUUUAAUACGUUCUGUUGACUCCUGAUAACUCGAACCCACGCUAUUACUUGAACCAAAGUUGAUUUCCCCUUAAUUAACUUUCAUACCUUUUACUACAAUUUUACCCUUGGUAACAAGAACCCUCAAUAACUCAAACCUCCCUCUAACUCAAAGUGAUUUUUGUUUCCCUUCAGAACAUUUGUGUAUAAUAAUAUUCUACCCUCAAUAAGUCAAUUGAACCAUUUUUUAAGCACGUGACAGGUCGGGAAAAAAAACAGGGUUCUGAUUUCCUGAAACAUUGCCAAAAAACAAACAAACAAGAAAAAAAAACAGGAAAAAACAAUCAAAACAAAAAGUCCUUGUGGGAAUUCUUUGUUUUCCUUUUUUGUCACACAAGUUGAAAUUCAAUAUCCAUCUCAGUAUGUUAAUCAAGCUUUGUGGCUUAAUUCCUUUUUCAUAAUAUCUAACAAUUAUUCCUCGAGCCCAAAAUAUGGGCUAUUGACUCAGAGGCCAUUUUUAGUAAAAUCCAACUAGCUGGUCAAAAAUAUCAAGACAAAACAACUUUAGCUGGUUAAAGCCAGACUUAAAUCCUUUUUUUGCUGCUAAAAAGCCGGUGCAUUCGCUACUAGUGGGCUAUAACACAUAGCCUAGUAGUAGCCCAACCAUUCAGAACGCAGAAUUGAUAAUAGACCACUAGUUGGAUUUUACUAAUAAUCCAUAUCUCUUGCUGCCCUUGAGGUGAAGUGUGCAUGAUACUUGCAUUCCCUCCCCAUCCAUUUGCUUAUUUCCUUUUUCCCAGUUUUUUGCUUUGAAAUCUGGAUAACUCGAUUUCCACGAAAGGUUCGAGUUAUUGAACGGCUAGUUGACUGUACAUGCAUGUGAGCUUGACCCACCUCUUGAGAGUUUGUUUUUAUUAACACCCCCUCAAACUGCAUACAUUAACAUUGCUAUGUUAUUAUAGGAUCCAACUUUUGCCAGCGAGUUUAUUAAAAGAAAUGGUUUGGGAAUUCUCAUCAGCAUGGUGGAAAACAAACCAGAGUGAGUUCCAUUUACAUGACUCAUUAUUUACAAAAAGUAUGCUGAUACAUGUAGUUGCUUGAAGUGAAAUAUAUAUAUAUUUAUUUAACACAGUUAACAACAAGGAGCGUGAGCAUGGUCAGUGGUCAGUCGUUUGGCUCAAGUGUAGUUAUCCUUGCUUGCAUCACCUCCAUGUGCUCAGUACAGCAUUUUCCUGGUGACCACUCUCUUCAUUUAGCCUUUGGAUCAUUCUUUUACCCUAUCCCUCCCCCAAUUUAAUAUUUUUCUACUGAAUAAAUAUAUCAGUGUGACAGGUGCCUGGUUCCAUUGGCAUGGGGACUCAUGGCUGGAGGGCGUGGGUUUUCCAGCCAUGGGGGCGUGACUCUCUAUAGAGGCUGGCUGUACCAAAAGCGGAAGCCCCUGGACAUCCCUGGCACCCACCUUUACUAAGCGACUCAGUUGUUAAUACAGUAUAAAUUUAUUUGCCUUGGUUACUUGAUAUUUUAUUUGCUGAAUAUAAUUAUCGUACAUUUUAAAAUGAAGUUUAAUGAUACUCUGAUAUUGUUUUCUAUUACUGCUUAUUUUUAUGUAAGGGCCAAAAGAUGUGAGGUUCUUAUUUGGGGGUAGCACUUAUUUGCACUGACUAACCCCUGAAAACUGGUUCAUAAAAGUACAGGCAAGAGCCUCUUACAUGUACAGUACCUCAUCUCUAAAUCUCUAAGUAACGUGGGAACCCAUUCAAGGCUAUUUUGCUUAAAAAUUCAAAGGAUAUUCAAGGCUAUGAUUAAGAUUUCAAGUUGCCAGGUAUAUACAGUUUAGUAGGUGGGGAACUGAACAGCCAAGAAGUUCUUUUGGUCUUAUUAUCAUUUUAUUUCCUACGAAAAUAGCCAGGGGUCAUGCUCAUAGUGGCUGGGGGAAAUUACUGGCUCCCUGCCGUGACAGCCUUGGAUACUUGUGUCCAAAUAAAUGGUUACUACCUGUUUCAUUAUCUAUUUGUAUAGGAGUAGCGAGAUUCUAGCAAACUGUCUGACGUCUUUUCAAGAAUUGAUGGAUCAUGGUGAUGUCUCAUGGGACUUCCUCACGCAUGGAUUUAUCAAACACGUAAUGUUCCUUCACUGUAUAAGUAGGGAUUGACUAAGAUUAAGAUUGACUACAUUAACAAUAACUUACAAGUAUUGGCUCAUAGCAGUCAUCUUCCCACAAGUUUUGUUUAUGAAAAUCAUGAGAGGAGGACUACCUAGAAGUAAGAGAAAUACAUGUACUUGUAACAAGUCUUAAUGUAAAGUAUUCUUACUGAUCAUGCUCAUGCAGUGGAAUCUUAACCUCAAUAUAACAAACCUCCUUCUAACAAAGUCCUCACUUUAACAAACAAUAUGGCAAAUAGCCUUUAUAUUAUAAAAUCUCAUUUUUGCCAGUCCAUCUUGGCUGUUUGUGGUACUGGGGUUCCACUGUGAUUACUAAUACUAUAUUAUGGUUGCUCCGUUGUACAGUGUGUGUAGUCUGAUGCAGGUGUAGCAGGCUUUGCGUACUGUCGUCAGGGUAUUCAACUACUUUAAUUUGUUGUCUUGUAUGUUCUCCAAAGAAUUUCGCUGAAACCAAGUCUCUUUAUUGUCCUUGUUUGGCUGAUAAUGAUAAUGGAUCAAGGGGUCUUUUCAGGACAAGGAAAUGUAACCCACCCCUGCUGGAGGAAUUUAAUCUAAUUUUACCUAACACUUCAUGGCACCGGAGCGAAAAACCUUUGGUAGCUGUUUUAUGCCUUUCUGUUAAAGAUUGUAGCAGAUUUACUUACAGCUGCCACUUCAUGAAAGGAAAAAGUUGCGACUUGUGUUAUCAUUUUUUAGUUGACAGUAUAUGUAAACAAGAAAACUCCAGUUGAUGCUACAGUACUCAAGAGAUGUCUUUCAAUCCUAGAAUCAGUGUCAACAAACAGGUACUUUAAUAAGUAAUGUAUUGUACAAUCUUCUGAGGAAUUCUGUGUGAUGAAAGCCAGCAAAGGAGCAGUGAAAUUUUACGCAAGGCAUUUUGGCCCAAACAUGUGCACACUACUGAAACUGUUUUACAGCUAAUAUUAAUCUCCCUUUCCUUGCUAUUACACCAAUAUUGCUAGCUGAGUAUUGCAUGUGUCUCACUGGUCAAGCUAUGUUGCUAUGUCACUCCCGUCAUAUGGUGAACUACAAGGGGACAAUAAAACACCUGCCAAUUUCAAAAGGCUGUGAUUAAACAAGGUUUUUAUGGUUUCUAGGUAAAGUGCUAUCUAAGCUUCAAACAUGUGCCUGAUGAAAGUUGUUUGUAAUCCUAGGCAACAAUAUAAAUCGUUUUAAUUUCAAAACACCGUUAAAAAGUACAUUUACUAAUUAUGAUCUUAUAGGUGUUUUUGCACUGGGGUCAGGUGGUUGGGGGGGGGGGGUUGUUGGAACUCCAUGGGUAAAGUGUUGUCAGAAGAAGUAUCCCGAUUUGUAAUCUCCAAAGAGAAAUUGUUUUUGUUGUUUCUGCUGAAACAUGCCUUUUUUCUCUCUCAGCCCUACAUUUUACCCACUUGUUGGAAAGGAAGUAGUUUUUGAGAAUCUCGUUCUUCAUCUCCAAAAGUAAGUGCCAUAUUAUUGAACGUCUCUGUUAAACAAGGAAAGAGGAGCAUGCAAGUGAAAGCUGGUUUAGCUGCAUUGAUUGAAUAAGAAUUCAACAAUGUAUUUCCAUGGCAACAGAAUUGCUAAAUACUGUAAAAUUCCGAAAAUAAGCCACAGGCCUUAUAUUUUUCAAAGGACCUUUUUGAGGGGCUUAUUAACCCAUUUGCCCCUGAACCGCCCGUAACCGCCCGUGUGGAUCCAGGUCCUUUCUACGCUUUUUGACGUCAUCAGUUUUAACGGUCAAGGACAACUUUCUUCGCUAACUUGUGUAGAGUGAAGAGAUCUUUCAAACCAUACCAGAAUGAGCACAAUUCAGUCAAGGACACCGGAGAAAGAAGCAAAAAACCACGUGACAAGGACCUGAAAAUCUCCAUGAAAAUCUUGUUCCAUUACCCACCUACCUUUCCUUUCACCUAAUCCUAAGAUCCUAAAAGCUUUCCUAAAAACUCUUCCCACCAAAAUGAAGCCUACUAAAUGCCCAGCAAGAGAAAAAAAAAAAUGAGGCAAGAAAAGGAAAAAAAGAAGGGAGGAGAGAAAGCGAAAAGUAAAAGUCAAGACUGCUGUGUCACUUUUAAACCCAAAAACUAUCUCGAAAUUUUGCUUUCUGCGCAUGCCCGAACUUCGCAAGCUGAUAUUUUGCAUCUGGAUCAGAAGGCCGCCAAGUGUACGACCUGUAAACCGGUUUGUGGUAAGUUUUAGCUCUUUAUAGCAUGACAGUGACCAGAAAACCACUCGACUAGCUUCAAAACGCGUUUUUCGGCAAAAUCUCCAGGAGCGAAUGGGUUAAAUUUAGAGGGGCUUAUCUAACGAGGUAAUUUUGCAUUUCAAAUUCCAUUCGGCUAGUCUUAUUGUUGGAAUGAAAUUUACUGUUUUUGCUUUGUUUUGCUUUGUAUUUGAGGGCAAUUUCCAAGUACAAGCCCACAGGGGGCCUAUAAUAUUAUUCGGAGGGGCAAUUUAAUGGAGGCUUUUUUGCGUUGUGAGUUUGGGGGGCUUAUACAUGGAGGGCUUAUUUUCAGAAUUUUACGGUAUUUUGUGGUUCAAUUUUAUCCUUGGUUUAAAUUUAUUUUCCUUUGUUUUGGGUAUGGUAAUGUAUGAUAAUGAGUUUGAAACAAAGGAAAAUGAAAUUUAAACCAGUGAUAAAAUUAAACCACAUCAGAUGUACUAGAACUGGAAUUCAAAUACAUUUACAUGUGUAAACAAGUACAGUGUAUUUAUUCAGGGUGAUUAAUUUUCAGAAUCAGAAAGACUUUGUUGUCAAGAGAAGUCCAGUAUAUCAUUGUUGUAGCUGAAGCAGCCUAAAAGAAAGUUGUUAGUUUCUUUUAUAAAAUUAUUGGUCAUUUAACAGUAAACAUUCCUAUCAUGAUGUAUCUUUAGGCAUCAUCUAUUUUUAAUACAUGACCACUCAAUAGGGCUGGCUGCGGAGGGGGGGGAGGGGGGUGUUGCCCCUGGUACUUAUGAAUGUGAUUCUUGCCUACUUUUGUAGGAGAAAAGAAGAAAAAUACAACCAAAAGAAAUCCCUAGCUGUUUGAUGUUGCAUUUACCUGCCAACACCAACUUGAAAUCUUACUGACAGCCAGGCUAUAGACACUAGCCUAGCCACCUUACUGUAUUUAUUAAUAUAGCAAUAAUUAGCUGCAAAAUACAAUGUACAAUUUGACUUUAUUUUGUUCCUUUUUAACACUAAUCAAGGUAUUAAGCUGUACAUGCCAUUCUUUUGUUCAAUAUAAUUAUUGUCUAUUUCUAUUGUUUUUGUUUUAGCCCUAAUCAAGAUAUUCAGUUGUAUGCCAUUGGUCUUAUCAACAGUCUCUUUAUGCGUGCAACAAAUAAGAAAGUGAGUUUACCAGAACUACAGUCAACUCUCUCUGAGCCGCACAUCUUGGGACCGGCACUAAGUGCCCGUCUUAGAGAGGUGUCCGUCUUAUAGAGAGUCAAAUAAAAGGAGUAAAGAAAGGCAGGGACCAACUCCAGUUUUACAGAGGUGUCCAUCUUACAGAGGUGUCCGUUAAGAGAGAGUUGACUGUAUAUUGCUUUAGUUUGCCACGGUCCCUCUGUUUACCUCUUUUCAUCCCACAGGUUACCAUCUGAAUAACUGUUAUAGGUCACUUGUGUUCAUGUUUUCUCUCUUGUGAUUUUGUUUAUUUCUAAUAUUAUUGCAGCAAUUCGCAGAUACUUUAUCCAAAAGAGGAGUAAGAGGAUAUAUAAUGAAUGUAAGUCUCUGAGCCAGUUCUACUGUAGGGGGAUUUUGUUCGUUUAAUUAUAAAAAAGCCUUGAAACAUUUGAAACAGGACUUCAUGUGCCUUAAUUCUGUCUUCAUCUAACUCGUUUUAAAAACAAUUGGGACCCCCAUUUAUAAUUAAUGCCAGACUUUCAGAUUGUCCUCUGUACUUUAAAUCCUACUGUAAACAGUGUGAAUCUGUUACUAACAUAGACACAACAUUCUUAGAUCAUAUUAUUAAUGAGUCCUGCAUGUCAUUGUUUAUGGAAAAAAGUGAACUUAGCAGUGCUGUUAAAAUAGAAAUGCAAUGAUCAAUGAAUUACAAACAUUUGAAUCUAUUUUCCAAUUGCUCUGUUUAAAUUGUUCCAGAAUUAUUGUAAUUAUAAGUCAAGAUUUUUAUCUGUAUUUCUCAACAGAACAUUAUCCGUGAUUCUAAGUUCAUUAUGGGUGAAAUGGCACAUCAACUGUAUGUGUAUCAGACUCUUGUAUUUAGUGUGUUAGGAGAUAUGGUGAACACAAGAGGAAAUGCUAGCCCACAGGUUAGUGGCCGAGUUUAAAGCACAUGCGCGCGCGCGUCCCUUUAUGUCGCCACUCACUCGCGGGUUCGCUAUCGGCUCGCUUCGCUCACCAUAAUUGGAGAGCUUGCUCGCAUGUGAAUGCUUCAGUAGUGGAAGUGUGCUUACUGUGUAGCUGUUGGAGCUGGUUUGUAGUCACUCCACUAAAAUCAAUAUUCAAGUAAAUGGGACACAACGUUCUUAAAAAAUCCCGCUUGCAGUAGGCAAACCAUUUGGAUCUGGGCGCUGACCACGCCACCAUGCUCCCCUCCCCCCACCCCUCAUUUUUAAGAUCAUGUGGUGCUGCGUCAGUACAGUGAUUGGAGUGAAAUUCAGUUGCUGUUUAAUAAGCGGUGCAGAAAUUCUCUCACUUUUUUCCAGAUGGUUGUGUGCUCGAGGUGGUAUAUUGACAGCUCUUUUCUCUUUCAGAGCGUUAUGGAAAGUCUUUCCAUUCUACGAAAGGUGGUAUUUGAAUCGGAUCUCAUGGCUACUAGUGCCGGAAGACCUAUUUCUCAGGCUGGAAUCAUGUCUAAAGACUUUAAAAGGCUUGGUUUCAUGGUAAGUUUCAGUAGAGAGCUUUGUGAAGUAACGUAAUACUUCCAACACGCUUUAAUUGUAAAAAAAAGGAAAUGUUUAUGCUUGUGUGAGGAGUGCGGCCUCUUUUGCCCAGUCCCUAAUACUCUUUAUUCCGCGCGGCUUAUGCGUUUAUGCGGUCUCGUGGUGGUCACCGAAAUGCAUUGACCGAGAAGGCCUGGAAAGAUGCCGUACGGGCACUAGGCAACGGCCUUGUCAAGUCUAGCACCCUGUUGCAAGCUUUCUCUCACCAUCAGCUGGGACAGCAGGAGACAAAAAAACUGAAAACACUUCAAAUUCAGGCGCUUGUUUGUCCAUAAACACUUGCUAUCCCUCACUUCUUCUCGCCAAAUACGGAAAGGAAAAAAUAAUGCUAUAGUCUGACAGCACUGCCUGGGAGAUUCCUUAUAUGAUAGGCCACUUCCGAGUUAUCCCAAGCAUCUGUUUCAAAGCGAUGCUAAGUGCGUAGGUGUUGAUAUGAAAUUAAAUGUUUUUGUGUUUCUUCAUUCUCCUGCAAAUAAAACUCAUUUUUACAAGAAAGGUUUUGCAGUUGCCUCGUUUUGAAAGUGAGAGGUUUUGGAACUCGGAGAUGGCCUGUUGAUUGCGCCAUAAGAUAUCGUUUGUUUUUUGAAUUUUCGUUCGUAUGACCCCUCUGAAAGUUACAUUAAGUUGAAAAUUUUGUAGCCGAUAAAUGAGUGUUAUUGACACUAGAAUUGGUCGAGUAUUGACCAUUUGACGUGUUUCAUUUUAGGAUGUGGAGUCUCCGGCGAAUGAUUUUCAUGAAACACCUCCUGGCCUUCUUCCGCUACACACCAUGGUGUAUUUUGCUCGCAAACAUCAGGAACAGUACGUUAAGGUACGUAUGUUAUUAAGUAGUUUAUAGUGUAACCGUGAUGAUGAUGAUGGUGAUGAUGAUGGUGAUGAUGAUGAUGAUACCUUUAUUAAAGUGUCAAAACUGUAAUAGCGGUGUAUAAAACUUUCAACGUGCCUUAAGUCAAAGUUUUCAGUAGAGUAGAAAUUUUAUUUGUAAAAUUGUAAAAGCAAAUACAUUCUAAAGCUGGUCAAUAAUCAUGAAGAGAAUAAAGAAAAUCUCCUCCUUGAGAGAGGUUUGAAUAUCAGAUAGUGAUGCCAUAAAAAUUUUGCGCUUUAGCUUCAAGUUUUUUCGAGAAUUAUUUAGAGCGGUUUUCACUUGACUGUCGUAAAACCAAAACCAAAGUAAAUACACUAGCCAACCAAAGGGCGUAGUAAAACCAAAACCAAUCCCUUUCGACAGUCAAGUGAAAACCGCUCUAUCAUUAAAGAAACUAUGGCAAACACUGUACAAAAACUGCAAAAAAACGUUCCUGUCGAACUACAAUAGAAGGAUUUUGCGAAAAGAAUACAAAAAUAUGUCGAGAGUGAUGAAGAAGCGCGCAGGUCUAAUACAGGCUUGACCUUGACCUUGACCAUUGACCAAUAGUCUCCUUCGCAGCCGCUUGGGCCGGAGUCACGCAAUGCUCCAGAGCAUUGACCAAUGGCAGAGCUGCAAAUUGAGCUCCGGAAGUCGGGUUUAGUCCGGCGCGCGCUUUCACAUUUUCAUUUGAAAUUGAGUUGUCUUUGCUAACUCUACUUAAUAACUUGUUUCAUUUCAAGGUUGUGUUAGAAAACCUCAGUAGAGGAGAAGAUUACGAGUGUCCGUUUGCUCGUGCUAGUAUUGCUCUGUGUAAAAUGCUGUGUGAAGUCCUCACAAUCAAUAGUGAACCGCGUAAGUUGUCAUAUCUAACAGCAAAUAGUAUAAACUCAUCAGGCCAUAUGCAUGAUGACGUCAUACUUUACCAUUUUCGUGUGGGUACUAAAGUGUUUCACGGCAUUUCCAUUGUUUGUGUGUGAUUACUCCCUUCAACUUAACUACACUGGGAAUUCAUUGUUGUGAAAUUUUACUUGGUGGUGUGGGUCUAAAGUGAACACGCAUAAGGGAUACAAUCUCUUAUGGCGUCCUUUUAGUAUUUGGUCACAUUUCCAUCAAUCAAACUCCACGUUACUUACUGAUUUAUUGGCCUUUGCAUGUGAACCGGAAGUCGCAUGUGACUCCAUUAUUGAGGGCGUGAGACGCAGUAGGGUAAGAAUAAGAAGCCUUAUUUAAUUCCCUCUCUUUUCAAGCUCCCAAUGGGUCUUUCGCCCCCCUGUAAAGUAUUUUUGCACCAUGAAACUUCUGGUGUAGCCUUAAUGGCCUGUUUAGAGCUUUAUUAACUGCCAAUUUGUCUUUUUUUACAUAAUAUUAUUUCGUUUGUUAGUUUUUUUCCUUGCGGCCACGCAACGUUCAAGUAUUAUCUCUGCUCCUUAUAGGUGGCAGUUUCAUGCAGUGUAAAAUGCACGUGAAUAAGUUGUUGAAGUUACCUCAAUGCAAUCAGUUUUAAUCUUUUCCAUGCAUUUUUUGCUCAUCGAUGUCUCCAGACUUUUUAUGAAUUUUGUUGUUGUUGAGUAUUGCUGUUGUUCGUCUGUACAACCUACCGGUAUCUCUUAAAAAAAUUGUACCUUAAAAUUUUAAAGACGUGUUACGACAUUUAACGUAGCUAUUGGUGUGAUAAGAUGUUUUUUACUUGACCUGGACUCCUGGUAUAACAGGAUGACCAUACAGGCUGAUUCAAAUGCUACUACUGUGAACGUUCAUUUCUCGAUUUUUAUUUCUUCUUUCUAUAUUUUGAAGCCUCGGAAACAGGAAAGGAUUUCUACCCAAUAUUCUUCACAAUGGACUUCGCGUUUGAAGAAUUCUUCUGCAUCUGUAUACAGCUUCUAAAUAAAACAUGGAAGGAAAUGAGAGCCACUUCGGGCGACUUUAAUCGUGUGAUGCAAGUAGUUAAAGAUCAGAUCUGCAGAGCGCUGGGAGAAAAACAUCUCUCUAUGGAAAUGUUUAAGGUUUGUCAUACUAAGGCUAUUUUCACCCUACCCCAGAUAGCUUUUUCGCCGGCACGAAAACCAUAUCGGAUAGAACUUCUGUUCACACAAAAGAACGGUGAUUUCGGCGCGAUUUCUGUAACGGAGCUGUGCUGUGUCGCGCCGAUCUCUUAAAUGGAGAGUCACACAUCUUCGUGUUCACAUUAUACCCGAUAGCUGUCCAGUGUAGUGUGAACAUGCCAAAGAACAAGCGAACACGAAUACGGAUUUUCGUGAGUUCUUGUUUUCUUUCCUUCCCAAGGACGAUGCAUGGGGCCCGUAACAGACUCUUUACUUUCUUUUUUAUCCUUUUUCUGGACGUAAUCUUUCUCUUACCUCGCAUCUCUUAUCUUGAGGCUUCGUCACGCGUAUUGUGCUUUUAAGGCUAGGAAACCAUUGUUCGGUGCACAGAUAAACAGCCUAUUUCUGUUGAAUAGUUAAUAAUGCGUCAUUUUCCGAUGUACUAUCUUAAAGUCCUUGAAACCUUGUUUAUUAAAAAUAUUGUCUGUGUAAUGGUUUGUCCAGACGUAAAAGUUUUUGUCAUGAUAAUUUACUCCGCCACUUUCUCUUUCUCCCUUUUGCAGACCAACGUCUUUAGUUUAGGAUUUUCACAAAUUCUUAAAAUUCUACAAGAAGAGAUUCACGCACGAAACAUCAUGGAACUAAAAGCCAAACCUGUCGUGUAAGUAUGAACAUGGUAUACUUCUGUUUAAACAGCGUACACAACCUUGAAUGUUAAGACCACGCAGGGAUAAACAGCCAUGACAUUCCCCGCUCAACAAUCAGUGGUGAAUGGAUUGUAUCAUCACAAACUGCACUUAUGCGAAUAGAAACACAAGAAAUACCGUUAAAAUUUCAUAAGAGGUGAAGGAGGGGAAGAAUGAUGAAACGAUGUUGUAACUGUUGUUUCACACUUUUGGCUCAACAUAAACCACAAUUGAUGGAUGCAAGGGCAGCACUUUGCCUUGUCGCCUAUGUUCGAUGAGAGUGAUGGCGAAGUUAAGAAUUAGAUUUUAAAAUCUCUGUCGGUGACGUAAUUUUUACUGUUUGGCAUUUCAGCAAAAAUAUUUUGAAUCGGAAAGAUUUCUGCCUUAUUUAUAGUUUAAUUAUAUUUUUAAAAAUUUCUCUUUUAACAGAGAACUUAGGGAACAAGUGCUUCCGGAUCUAAAAGAAUUAGUCAAGCAACAGGUACGUUUCGCGCGCGAAAUGUCGCGUUUUUUUUCGCCCUCGUGUGUCUCUCUCGCUUUGCUAUCUGUGGGAAAAAUAUCAAUGAUAUUUUUGGUUAGCUUGAGAAAGCAGCCGACUUUUUACGCCACCACUGUUUUCCCUGCGAAAUGACGUCUGACGAAAGACCAUAGAAAUUCCAUACUGAUGACAAAUCACUACCCAGAUCUGUGUAGUGCUUCUGAUUGGCUCUACCAAUCGGAAGUACUGCCCAGAUCUGGAUAGUGACACGUCAUCAGUUUAGAAUUUCUGCGCUCCGUUAGACGUCAUUUCGCGGGAAAAUGAAUGGUGACGUCGCGAAUAAUGUUGGCUGUUUUCUCAGGCUAAUUUUUUGUUUUGACUUUUCAGAGGUUAGAUCAACUUAUUCAAGGAGCACUUUUUGAUAAAGCACCUGGACGAACGCGCGCCAGAGGUGAGUGAGAUGAUUUUGUAAAACGACAUGUUUAAAAACACAAAGGGUACUUAUUGAGGACGGUGUUUCAAGGAACGUUAUUUUUAAGAGGAGAAGCCAAGGAGACUAAGUUACCUGAUCAACACAUUAACCUCGCACUUUUAGACUGAGUUUCUGUAUCUUAUCAGUUUGAAACAAUCGACUGAUGUAAUACAAGAGAGAAUAUAAGUUGUCUUGUUGUUUUUCUGUUUGUUUGUAGAGAGAUUCUGGUAUUGUAGAUUGUCACCUAAUUUAAAAUUUCUUCAUUACGGAGAAUGCCAAGAAGGACAAGCGCCUUCGCUCGAAAAUCUUCCAAACAAAUGUAAGUAUUUAAAAGCCCGACAGUUUUAGCUAUUUUUGACUCGUUAUCAACGUAUCCGCUCAAGGAAAGCUUAAAGAAUGUUCUGAAAUAAUAUUGCUGAAAGUAUUACACUGCAUGUACUUAAUUCGUUCAAACAGUUUUUUUGAAGUGUGCGUGGCGUGAGCAUUUCAACUCUUCGCUUGUUUAUCCCUUAAGGCACUUUUAAUUCUACAGUUUUGGUUUUGAUCGUCUUGUUCACUAUUCGUUAUUACAUUUAAGAUCCACUAAGUUAAGAUAUUUUUCGCGCGAACCAUAACCAUGGAAUCGCCAAAAUGCCACCACACGUCCGUUUUCCCGCGUUAUGUCGCGUUUAAAACAGUGGCAUUCUGCAAUCUGAACUACAGCGCGCUUGUCGCUCACUGUUGCCGCGCUCUUUCUAUGGCUAACCAUAUUUUAAUUUUCACUUUAUUCUCCUUUGCGUUUAAGUGGCAAUUGCCAAAGUAACAAACCUGUUGUUGGGAAAAGAUUGUCCUCAUACAAAGGAUCGUAAAUUUAGCAAAGUAAGUUGUGCAUAAAUAUUGGAACGAAAUGUCAUUACUAAAAUAGAAUAUGAAGCUGGUUCAAUAAGCCCUCUUCAAUUAUAUACUGUAAGCAGUUUAAAAAUGGUGGAGUCACAUCCUCAUUUAGGAAGGCCUGUUGAAUGAGUGAUCCCUUGUUUUACAUUUAUUUGCUGUUGUUUUAUCAACAGUGAUGCAAGCUCUCUUUGGCUUUGCGUUAAUGUUUUUGUCUCGUUUAUUUAAAUAUUUUAUCUAGUUAAUCAUCAGUUUUUUUUAAUAUACCCUAUUUAAAAACUUGUUCGUACCCUUUUAAUGACAGCAAUUCCGCAGGUACCACAUCCAGAACAGUAAAAGUUGACGAAUCACUCUUAGCGUUAUAUAUUCUCUUUUCCUGCCCAGAUAGCAGGUUGUUUUCCAGUGAUCUGAAACACGUAGCAUGUAGAAGAUGCAGUUCAUGCCUUGUUAUUGAUAGGAUUAUCUUGAAGAUCGAUGCUUUCAGAGGCUCGUUGCCUCUAUUGGACGUGUAGUCUCUGAGAACGAUAAUUCCUUCGAAAAUGCCUUUAAAUCAUCCAUGGCAACCAUACGAAGCCUUUGCUGUUGUAAGGAACCGCUGGUUAGCAUUGGUUGCAGUUUAACCUUCUCAUUUUUCUUUUUUCCUCAUUUAUGCACAGGCCUACGUAUCAUUAUGUUUUUCACUUAUGUACGAUACUGAGUCAGAUGAGAAGCAUCUCGAUUUCAUCACUACAAAUCAACAAAUGGUGAGUCUUUUCUUCUAUUUCAUAAGUGUAAUUUCGCUUACACCAGAACAAUUCUUUGCAAAUAAAUUCUGCGGUGGGCAGUGAAACAAAAAAUUGUGAAGCUUUUUCGGUAGGAUAUCAUCAGAACCCAUGUGACAAUAAAAUAAUAUCCAUCAUGUUGUUGUCUUUCUUUCAGUAUGCCAUUUGGACAGAUGGUUUAGCAACGUUACUCAACAAGGAGGUGGGUUCUAUUAUUUAAUUUUGUUUCCGUCAUUGUUGUUGUGGCUGUUUCUUUUUAUCUGUUGCCAGUUCAGUGUGCUAAGUGAGGGGGGUUAAAACUAGCAGGACGCUUGAUUGUUGCGCUUCUCAGUUGAUAAAUACAUUAUAAUUCUUGGUUAUACGGCGAUAAUAGUUUCCUGCUGAAUACGAAAAGCGACCAAUAACAAAUUCAGUUCAGCAAUGCCAUCAUUUGACGUUUGUGACCUUUUUUGCUUUCUUUUGUUUUUGUCUUUGAUUUUUUUUUGUAAGUACCAAGGGCUAUUUGGAAGCAUCUUAGCAUCGGACUUGAAGGCUACUGUCUAACGUCUAGCCCAGUCAAACUAACCAGAGACGUUUGCGUAAUUAAAAGUAAUACAAAUUCUUGUUUAUUAGGAGGGGAGACGAGUCAUGUAAUUUUCAAGGGUCAGUCAGUUGUGUGCCAAAAGAAGGGCGUGGGCCAUGUGUUUUUCAUCAAUAGGCCUACUUACUCCCCUAAACGUUUUGGCUAGUCCCCAAUUUCCACGUCGCGUUUCAUCCAACUGGCCCCUCCCUCCUCCCCCCACCCACCCCCCCGCCACCCCACUGGCCUCUUGGUUGCUAAGUUUCAUCCAACUGGCCCCUACAUGGCGGGGAUCCUCCGAGAAAAUUGGGGUCUGUCAAAAAAUUCUCGACCCCAGGUAUAACCCAGGUAUAACAGUCCCGCUAGCUACGCAGGUUACUGCUUAAGUCUUCUAGUGUUAUUUAGUCAACUAAUUUCUCAACGAUUUCUUGUCUACAGAUGCUUUCCUCAGAGUCACAUGAAGAACUAGAAACUCUACUCAAUAUGGAAAUGAAGCUGAGAUUGCUGGACUUGGAGAAUAUAUCAAUUCCUGGUACACCGCCUCCCAUACCCACUGAACCGCCAAAUUUUGAUUUUGUCUACGACUUUAGUUAGUUUGUAAGCGAUUAGAAUGGAGUUUUGUUCAGGAACGGAAGAUUAACUGUAUGGAACAAUGGAAAAUGGACGUAAUACGUACAUGGAACCUGCAUUCAUAUCUGCCAACCUUCUACCGAAAGAGUUGUAGCGCUUACAUGUAAUUUGUACUACGUGUUCUACAGUAGAAACCCGCGUAUAAGAACCUAGAAUUUUGGAGUUCAGGCUGAACAGGUUGUUAUAUUUUGGGGUAUUUUUUCCAAUAACAGGCUGAUUAGGUUCUUAGUAGGUUCUAGUAGUUCUAGUAGUGAUAGCAUUCGGGGAGCUGCAAUAGUACUAAUAUGCUAUAAUUGUAAAGCAUUUACAAAAAAUGUCAAGCCUUGUUGUCGAAACAAGUCCUGUAUCAUGGGCCUGACCAUAUUUACCGUUGUAUGAUCACCAUGCAAAUUUUUAAAUGUACUGUACAGUUUUUGUGACUGUAUUUGUAACUACAGCAAAGUUUUAUGGAAUGAAUAAUAUUUUAUUGGUAAGACUAAAAAGCAGUAUACUACAAAAAUUUUCACAAUUAAAAUCCAGAAUUUGAACAUCAAAUCUGGAGUGUUUUUUUUAUAAGAACCUAUUUUUCUUUGUCAGGCUGAAUAGGUUCUUAUAUAUUUGGGUAUAAAAAUGCAAAAUUUCAGCCUGAAGGUUCUUAUACGCGGGUUUUUACUGUAUUUCCCUAUCGCCCAACCAUUCUAAGAGUAUUUUUUAUUAUUAUUAUUUCCUUCAUAUAUAACGCUCGCGAUCGCUUCUUUGCUGCGUAUAGUUUGCUAACAGUAUUCUGUUUCAUCGAGGGGCAAACUACCAGAAAACCCCUUUGGGCACGUGACAGUGAAUCUGCGGUCAGAACUGAUCCAAAAAUUCUGCCUCUAAGUAACCUUAAUAUUUUCAUUUGCUAAAUUAGACCUCGGAAAGUGAUCAAAACUACUGUACUCAUUCGGGACCAAAUGUGCCUUGAAAUUAAUUCCCGCACUAUAAAAAUGGCGUCUCAUUUGUGUAGGUCCUUCCUUCACUAGUAGAAAUUAAGUACGAGAUGUAAAUGAUUCUGUGUUGAUUGUCCGAUCUACUAGCCUUAUACACACGAAGCAACUCAAAUUUUUUAGAUUGCAAUUUCCAUCGGGUGGCUGGUGUGUCGUUGGACCCCACCACCCUCCCCUCCCUCAACCCAUGUCAAGGUGCCCAGGUCGAGUACUCUAGUUAUAAUCUCCUCCUUUUUUUGUUCAGGAAAACAAUCAUUUUCGUACAAAGCAAUAUUUUUAAAAAUGAUAUAGACGAAUAUUUUUAUGUAAAACGAAAUGUUAAGCGCAGGAAGUUCACUUCAGCAUCAGUUAGUUAGAAUAAGAGGGGUUAAAUUAGAAUAGGUAGAUAAAGAAAUUCAAUUCAGAAGCUGGUUUUCUCCAUUUGGUCUCAAUUCUAAGUUACGUGAUGCGCUUGCGGUCCUUCUGUAUUUUGCACAGCUGCAAGUUGGUAGUUUUCUUAGGGCCUGUUUACAUGGAGGUGGGGGACCCCAGAUAGGUGAGGUAAAAUGCGGCGGGUCACCUCACCUAUCAUGUAAACGUGAUCAAAUUAAAAUGAUAGAUUAUAUGGACAGGAGGGUUACCCCACCUAAGCGGGUGACCUCACCUUCCUGGGGUGUCCCACCUCCACGUAAACAGGCACUAGCGGUUUAAACGGUUCUGUUUUUUCGAAUUCCCCACAAUACACUCUGUUUCCCCCCGCCCCCCUUCCCCCAAUUUUGCAGAAGCUAUUGUUUUCAAAUGCUCCCAGGAGGGCUGCAUAUUUUCAAGAGCAAUAACUUCUGCAAACUUGAGGGAACAAACAGAGUGUAUUAUUGGUGAUUCAAAAACAGUCAGUGGCAAAAAGCAUUAUUAAUACAAAUAGUAGAAGGAACGUUUUGUAGGAACAAGUCCCCGCAUCAAAUUCUUCAACCGGUAAUCAUUGCAAUGUAAUAAAAAUGACCAGCCUUUGGCCUAUGACCUCAAAAUCGUGAUGGCGGGAGUUUGUAUUAGCAAUCGUCGUUCCACUCUGGAAUAGGAUCAUUUGAAAGCAGCCUAAAUUUUGAGGUGACCUUCGCCCUUUAAGUCCAAACAUCUACUAACAAGUUCUUCAGACUGAUCUCCAUACAUUAGCUUGAGGAAGUAGUUGAAAGAAUUUGAUAAAACAUGAAAGCAUUUUCCCUUUGGUGAUCAUUUUAAAGUAUCCUCACAACCUUUUCUUUUGAUAUUGUAUUGAUAUUGUUUUGAGAUAAUUGAUGUUGGUCACACUUGGGACUUGAAGAGUUAAUGAGCUAAAUGAUGUCAAAAAUAAUAAAAAAAAACUUUUGACCAACCUGCUGGCAAAUAAAGUAAAAUAAGUAUCUGAAACAAUUGCUGUAAAAUGCCGGGCAAACGAAGAACUGAAAAGGCAAUAGUUGGGAAAUCCCAGUUCUCUGAAUUUGAUUAGUCUUUGUACAAAACCAACACUAACGCGUUAAUUAUUUGUUUGCUGCUUUUAUUUUCCAUUCAAAUGUAAAAUACGGUUUAAAGGCUGUGGACUGACACUAGCAAAAUAAAUAAAUGAACUCGAC